ACAACAUUAGCCGUACUCGAAGGAUGGUGAAAAUGUUGCACGUGUACGAUACUUAAAAUACUGAGAUACGGAUUAUCUCAUAGAAUUAUAGAAAACACACGCUACGCUUUUUUAUGCCUAAUUGUAAGGUGUCCAGAAUACUUUUCAUUUUUUCCAUGAAUUUUUAUUGAGUGUACACCACGGAUUGUGCGAGUAUAAUUAUCAUGGAAAAAUCGAAAACGGCCGGUAAAUCGUUGGGUUCGAGUAAGAAACCCAAACCGACGGAGACCAACACAGCCCGCAGCAGCGCCGAUUCGGGGCGCGACCUUUUACCCCCCGAGGCACCCGUCCCGCCUCCUCCUCCAGUCGACCGUGUGACUCCUCCUCCGGGAGCACCCAGUACCCUACCGGAACGCAAGACCCCGGUGAAACUCCCCCGGAAUCUCCAUGUCCAGUUCGACGAGCAGGCGACGCGCAUUCCCGUUCCCUGGGAAGAUCCUGUACUAUCCCUUGUGGAGGAGGUCGCGGAGGUGAAGGCUCUUCCGGAGCGGCGAGCUCUUCCCACGGCGGAGCGGCCGGCGGCGAUAAUCAGGCCCAAGUACCCCUUCCGUCAUGCCGAGAUGGCGGCGCAGCGCCGCGCGGCGUACCAACAGCACGCGGCAGAUUUCGCGCUGUCGGAGGAGGUUUUCAAUGCCACGCCCAGUCGGGAGAGUAUCGUGUUCGAGGCGGAGGGGAAUCAAGCGGCGAAUAGUGCGCAAUUCGUUGCAGAAGAAAGCAGCAACGAGAUUCUGGAAACCGACGCCGACGGUGACCUUUACCCACCCAGCCCCGCUCACCGCCCGCCGGGCAACGCCAUCGAACAGCGUCCAGAUUUCGCGAUCUUCAGCCAGAAUUUCGGCGAAGACCCCGACGACCAACCACCCCCGUCGAUUUUCCAAACGACCAUCGCGAAAAAGAAAGCCCAAGUGCAGAACGAUCCCAACCAGAAGCUCCUCCUCCCGCCGCUCCCGGACCCCGUAGUCCCUCCACCGGUGACCUUUGCUAAAGAGGUCCCCGUGCCGAAAAUCCCGGAACCGAAAGCCGGCUCCAGUUUAAAGAUCACCACGACCCCGGAGCCGAAACCCAAUCAAAAGAGCGCACAGCCCAAAGCGACGACAGUGAAAACCAAAGCCCCGCCCAAUGCGCCGUCCAACGCCCGCAUGUCGCACAAGAAAGACGCGCCACUGAAUCUUACCAUGGAGACGCCGGUUCCCGUGGCGGAGGUCCCGGCGACCGUCGAGAAAGCGGAGAUCCAGGAACCGAAAGCGGAGGUUCCCGUUCCCAAAAAGUUCCCACCGUGGGAACGGAUCUUCGACUUCCGGGCGGAGGACUACCGGCUCCCGGUGGCGGUCGCCGGGAGCGGGUACGAUGGGGUUCCGGGACCCGUGGGCAUGAGAACCCAGUUUGUAGAAGAGCUGACCAGCCAUCGCUUCUUCCGCCGGUUCUUCGACGAGCUGGUUGAGAAAUGGACGCUGCACACGCUAGGUCCCGGUGGAGCGAUGACCCGUGAGGAAUUCGGGGAGAAAUUGAAGAACCACCCGGAGACGACGGUGGCGGAUCUGGUGGCGUUGUUGAAGAAUGCUGUGCGGAAUAAGGAAGUUCCCCCGCCGGCGACGUUGUUUGCCGGGUACGGAGAACGGAUCGUUCGAGAGCUGCGGGAAGCAUACGCGAUUAAUUUCCCGAAAUAUGACCGUGGAACGGCACACAUAUUUGACCCGGCGGCCGAACUUCCUUUCGAGCCAUGCAAUAAUUUAGCCCCUCCGCCGUCUUUCUUGCCGAAACCAGACUCGCCCAAACACACCACUUCAGCUAAACGGACAGGAAAGACCGUCCUCGAUCCGACGGUGAAAAUAAUUCGCCGGCUCUCGCAUUCCUGCUGGCCGGAAGAGCUCUUCCCAAAAACCAUCACCAAAAACCCGCAGCGGCCGCGCUACUUAUCCCCAACGGCCGCGUGGACUACGCACAUCGCCGCGCAAAAGGAAACCCAGCGUUCCAUCCGCUUGCGAAAGAAGCGCCCCAAAACCCGCGAUUUCGUCACGUUCUUCAGCCGCAACCCGGUGAAACCCCGCCCCAGUUUCCUCCAAAUAUUCACCGCAGCGCACCACCGUGCGAUUAUCCGAACGGCUCGAAAAUCCACUCGGAUCAGCGAGAUCCGUUUCAACCGGCAACCACGAACCCGGUCGUGCCGCAAACUCCAAACACCGUUCGCCGCCGAACCGUUCAUCGAUCAUCGGGACGAUUCCUGCGUCCCGGGGGUCCUCAGCCCGAAGAACCCGGUGUGGAAGCAUCUCCGCGAUGAAGCCCUGCAGUUCUACACCGCGGCGGCCCAUCCCAAGGACCGCAUGGUGGAAACCAGGUCGGAGCCGAAGGUCAACCAGUCUGAAGAGAAAAUCGUGGCGCCGGUGGAAAUUGCGUUGGAACCUAGUGUAACGGUUCCUUCUAGCGUUAAUCUGUACACCCCGGGUGGGUCCACCGGGGAUAACGUGUUCUCCAUCGCCGUCCCGGAGAAACGGACGAAACGCGCCGGUUCGGUCGGGAAACGGUCUCCGGAGACCGGGGUUAAGACGAACCCGGUGGUUCGUUCCGGUGUGUCUGGGUACUUCAAACAGGAACAGGGGAAAUCUCGGUCUAACUCGAAAUACAAGUUGGCGAACCUACCGAAAGAUUUCCGCUGGUCGCUGCUGAAAACCAAUGUGGGGAUUGACAAACUGUCGGAGGACACGGAAGAAACUUUCGAAGACCUUCCAGACGAGAAAAUAUCGUUUCACGAAGACCGAAAAUCGUCCGAUAACGAAACUGCGUUGACCGAAAGUUCCGCUACGAAAUCGAAUCAUUCGGUUAACGAAAUCAUGGAGGUCGCGAAGGUCUCCGCAACCAAGAGCUCCGAAAAGAACGACGAGCCGAUUCUCAAAGGAAAACCGAGUAUUAAGCAGACGAUCGCGAGGAACCCGAAACCGAAGACCAAACGCCGCUGUUAUUCGCUCCGGAACUUCGUUCAACCAGACGCCAAGAACCCGGUGCAUCCUCGACUUCAACGUUCCCUGAUCUUGUGCCAAAUCGCCCGGUCCGCAGCGACGAACCUCGGUCUCCCGAGGAAACACACCGGAUGCGGCGACACCAGCGCCACCAACGUUCCAAAACACUCAGUUUUGAAUCAGAACUUCUGGAAACAGAAAUCGCCGUUCGUCGCGGUUCUUCAUCCGAAAAUUCCGGCAACUCCGCUGAAAAGCUUCCGACCUUAUCUGGAGCAAAUGGAACGUGACCCGGAAAUGCAGUUGAUGGAGAACUUUUCGGUGGUCGACGGCAGCGCGUUAACAGUGACGCCGAAAACGCUUAACGAAGUGGAAAACGAGAUACGCUUUAAUAAAGCGUCCAGUUUCUUCCCGAACGAUUUAGUUGAGCGGUGUUUAAAGCAGUUGAAUAUUCGACCAUACGCUAAGAAAAGCUGCGUUAAUCGUGGACCAAUCAACGACCUUCUUUACUGCGACAACAAGUCCCUCGGUUUGUAUUUCUACACCAACCAGGAAAAACGCUUACGAAACGCGCGACAUUUAAUUCGCCGCUACACCGGUGAAUACCGCUACAACCAUCUUCAGCGAACCCAUCUAAAGAAGCAGUUUCAUGAUGCAACGCACGACGACAAGGUUCCCGCACCGGUCGAACCGAAACCGGAACCAGCGCCGCGAAAAACCUCGGUGAAACGUGAGCGCUCACUGGACCGCUCCUUAGGCACGACGGAGACAGAGGAAUCCGUCAAAUCCAAGAAGAAACCGGAGAAAAAGGACCGAAUUAAGACGGCGGCCGGGGAACCCGGGAAGGACCGUCGCGUCCCCACGGAGCUGAGCAGCAAACCCACCGAGGUGCAGUCGAUCGGGUUCGUCUCCGGGAAGACCGCGGCGACCGACGGGGAACGAACCGAAAAAGUGAUGAAUCUUACGACAGCGCGGAAGAACUUAAUCGCGCUGCCCAUCGGCGACGAACCUCCCCCGUGGUGGAAAUUAAGCGAACACGACUAUCAGAAUAAAAACCAGGAAGUGAAAAACCAGGAGAUUUGGAAGAGCGUCAAGUCCCGGUUGUUUGCGGCGAUGGAACAGGAAAAUGAUUUUGGGGAGGCGUUGGAGAAUUUCGGGUUUGCGAAACCGGGCGAACAAGGCGAAGCGAGUACAGUGAGAGUCUCGUGUUUGAGUGAACGUCGGGAUGUCGGUGAAGCGAAGGAUGAUUAUAGUUCGCAGCUGGAGUUCUUGAAGCGCCGGUUGGAGUAUUACGACAGCGCGGUCCGGUAUUUGCGUAGUAUGCUACCGGCAUCGGAUGACGAAGUUAUUAACGCUAAAUUAAAACAGCUGAAUUUGCUGCCCGAUGCGUCAAUGUCAGUACACAAACUGGAUGCAGAAGAUGUUGACGACGAUCUGGAGUAUCUUGCCGAAACGAUCGACACCCUGUCGCUUCAAGCAUCCAUCACCGAUCCCCACACCGCAGACUCCUUACGCACCCAUCUCUUCCUCAAAAUCCUGCGUCUCCGUCUCAUCGCUGGCCAUUUAAAACGCCAGUUCUUGCAGACACUCGACCAAAAACUAAACGAAGAAAACCAUCAACGCCUGUGCCGCAUCGCGGAUACUUUAACCAACACCCAACCAGCUCCACCGGGGUUCGUGGUAUCCCAAGCGGAGAAACGGUUUAUCGCAUCGCCACCGGCCAGUCCCGUGCGGCAUCUGAGUCCGCUGCGUCCUCGCCAGGAAUCCGUGACGGUAGCAGCUGCGGAAGAUAGCGACAGCGGGAAGAAGACACGCAAUGAAAAGGAGAAGGGCAAAGGGAAGAAGAAGGAGGAGAAGAAACCGCCGACCAGUAAAGGGAAGAAAGAAUCGGCUGUGCAGCUGCAGAGCAGCCGGGUGGAUUUGGGCAGCCCCAAGAAGAAGCCGGCGAAAGCGUAAAAAACCUGGUUUUCUGGUUGCGGUUGUAUCUGCUUGUAUGCUGCUUAUCACGGUUAUUAUCUUUUUCUUGAGUUUAUUGGCUUGUUUCCUACGACAGGCAUUAAUACACUUUAUGCACGAUAAAGUUUUGCGUUUACUUCCUGUUAACCAUGUGCGUUAAAUUUAUAUUUGCUGGUUUGUGUCAAAAACAGCAGUUAAUACGCUGUAUGGCCUUUGCGGCAAUUAUACGCUUUAUUCACGGAUCUAUAAUGCAUUUAAUAACCGUUUUUUUCCAUUUACUGGGUUGGUUCUAAAAAAGACAAACUACUAGUACGCUUUAUGACCUUUAUCCACAGUACUAUAAUGCGCUUAUAUUGAGUAUUGGCUUUAUCUCUUCUGUUUGCUAUCUUGUGUUUAAACCAGGCAUUAGUACGCUUUAUGACCUUUA